AUGUGCGGUGGUCGUGUGGUGGUGGCGCCAUGCAGUCAUAUUGGGCACGUUUUCCGAAUGAUGCGGCCUUACAAGGGCAAAGACAACACGGAUGUCUACAAUUCACUUCGUGUAGCAAAGACAUGGCUUGGGAAGUAUGAGAAAUACUUCAUGAGAGCACGACCAUCGGCAGCAAAGAUGGAUUUCGGAGACGUAAGCGCUGGUCUAGAACUGAAGAAACGGCUCAAUUGCAAGGAUAUGGACUGGUAUUUGGAAAAUGUGUACCCAGACUUGAAAUUGUCAGCAGACCAGAAGGAACGUGAAGAAUUAUGA